AUGACCUCGCCUUCCCGACGGACGUCGUUCGACCCGGACACGCUUUUACCUCCCAGUCCGGACCCUGCGGAACGACCAACCGUCCCAUCCUUGUCGUUGGCAGCUUUGCGCCGUUCGUCACCCCACGAUCCAUCGCGGACACUGCGUGUGACGGAACAGGAACGUGCUUCUCGUACCACAUCCCCGGCCCUACGCUUGGAACGGCUGCUCACCCAACGACCACGAUCGAACCCUCGAACCCGGACACCACUGCGUUACGAAUCACCCCUCGAUCCGUCCGCAUUGCGCCGCGAGAGUCUAACACCCGAUCCCGUGGAAUCCGUGCACGAAAGUCGACGGCUGACCAUCCGACCCUUGGCCGGGAGUCACGUGGGUACCUUACCAGCGCGGGUCGUGGAGGAACGCCGCGCGACGCCAAAAUCCAGCAAGCAGGGACGCUCGCAUCGCACGGUGCGCCGCUGGAACAAUGAUCAUUUCGGGAGCUUGGCGGCGGAAAUUAAAUCUUCGUCUCAUCGCGCAGCGGAAGCACUCCUGUCCUCGCAACAAGAUGCCCACUUGUAUCGAGACGUUUACGAUCCCAACGAGACCAAGUCCAAAUCAAUGGAACGAUUCAUGACCGACGUCAAGUUGCGAAACAUUCGGGAACAAUUCUUCGAAGGCGAGUUUGCGUCCGUAACGCCGGUUGUCCCACUCCGUCCGCAUCGUUCCAACCCGACUACGGCUGCCGACCAGAUGAACCGUAUCGACAAUCGACUCCACAAGGUUGCCGUUCGGGCCUGCCGUAAUUCGGGACCCGCGGCUACCGUAGUUGACCGCUUCGAAACGUUUGUAAUAGCGACCUUUCUCGGUUCCGCACACACGACAAGACUCCUCGAAGAGUCCUGGUGGCACGAUUUGUUGCUGCAAGUCCCGACAGUGCGACGCAAACCAGAAAACACCCCGGCAUCCUUCAUGGUACUGCAGUUUUAUUUUGACCCCUUUUCCUCCACUGGUGGAUUUCACCGUCUCUUGCUGCACGCCAUUUGUCAGUUCCACGGGCUCUCGGCCAUCUCGAAUAUGGUGGACGUGGGUGACUCAAAACAAGCGCGCGCCUUGAUCGUAUCGGGGCGACUUACGGAUGCUCCGCACCGGAUGUUGCAACAUCUUAUACGGGAGGACACCAUCAAAACGAUUGAUCAUGUGUCGUCGGAAGGCUUGGAACCCGCACGGCCAAAACUUGGCGUUGUGACCGUUUCAGAGAAUUGA